AUGUCGCCCAUGAUGUGCACCCAAACUAAAUACGACCCUCCCUUUUCACCCCCAUCUCCUCCUCCUCCUUCUCCUUCGCUACGUCACACCAGACAGCAACGGCGCGCAAAUCUCAAUGCUGCGAUUAAGGUCAUUGAAAAGUUGGAGGCUAGGGUUAAUGGGAUGCGGAGAAAUACGAAGGAGACAGUGGUGAUAUUUGAGGGUUUGCGGGAGAGUUUAACGGAUACUCCGGCAGAGGCGGGGGAGCAGAAAGAGGAUGAGGAGGAGACUAAGAGGGGAGAGGUGGGGGCGAUUGUCAAGAGGGAAGUGGUGAAGAAAGUGGUGCUGAGGGUGUCCGUGUAG